ACGCUCCGUCUUUGGGGCCGUUGCCGGCGCAACCAGGAAGGAGAGCGCUGGUGUUGCUGUAGCGCGUCUGAAAUACGCCUGGGAACUGGCCGGCCCGCUUCAUGCCUGCGGGAACUCGAGACGGGGGACUCUUCGGAAACUCCAAGACGCAGAGAAACAUGGCGCUCCCCACGUUGCCAUCCUACUGGUGCAGCCAGCAGCGCCUGAAUCAGCAGCUAGCACGACAGCGAGAGCAGGAGGCCCGGCUUCGGCAGCAGUGGGAACAGAACAGCCGAUACUUCAGGAUGUCUGACAUCUGCAGCUCCAAGCAGGCAGAGUGGAGCUCUAAAACCUCCUACCAGCGGAGCAUGCAUGCCUAUCAGCGUGAGAAGAUGAAGGAGGAGAAGAGGAAGAGUCUGGAGGUCCGGCGGGAGAAGCUCAGGCAGCUCAUGCAGGAGGAGCAGGACCUGCUGGCCAGAGAACUGGUGGAGCUGAGGCUCAGCAUGAACUUGAGGGAAAGAAGAAUCCGGGAACAGCACAGGAAUCUGAAAUCAGCUAGAGAAGAACAGAGGAAAUUGAUUGCUGAACAACUUUUGUAUGAACACUGGAAGAAGAACAACCCGAGACUUCGAGAGAUGGAGCUGGACCUUCACCAGAAGCAUGUGGUAAACUCUUGGGAAAUGCAGAAAGAAGAAAAAAAACAGCAAGAAGCCACGGCAGAGCAAGAGAACAAACGGUAUGAAAACCAAUACGAAAAGGCCCGAAGGGAGGCGCUGGAACGGAUGAAAGCCGAAGAGGAGAGGAGGCAGCUGGAGGACAAGCUCCAGGCCGAGGCGCUGCUGCAGCAGAUGGAGGAGCUGAAGCUGAAGGAGGUGGAGGCCACCAAACUAAAGAAGGAGCAGGAGAAUCUGCUGAAGCAGCAGUGGGAGCUGGACAGGCUGGAGGAAGAGCGGAAGCAGAUGGAAGCCUUCCGGGAGAAGGCGGAGCUGGGGCGCUUCUUGAGACAUCAGUAUAACGCUCAACUCAACAGACGCACACAGCAGAUUCAAGAGGAGCUGGAGGCAGACAGGCGGAUCCUGCAGGCCCUCCUCGAGAAGGAGGAUGAGAGCCAGCACCUCGACCUGGCCAAGCGGGAGCAGGCCGUGGCUGAUGCGGCCUGGAUGAAGCAGGCCAUUGAGGAGCAGCUGCAGUUGGAGCGGGCACGAGAGGCAGAGUUGCAGAUGCUGCUGAGGGAGGAGGCCAAGGAGAUGUGGGAAAAGAGAGAGGCAGAGUGGGCCCGAGAGCGCAGCGCACGGGACAGACUGAUGAGCGAGGUUCUGACAGGGAGACAACAGCAGAUACAAGAGAAGAUUGAACAGAACCGACGGGCACAAGAGGAAUCCCUGAAACACAGGGAGCAACUUAUUCGAAAUCUCGAGGAGGCAAGAGAAUCUGCUCGUCGCGAGAAAGAGGAGAGUGAAGAACUGAAAUCCGCCAGGAAGCGGGAUCUGGAAGCCCAGGUUGCAGAGCGCCGGCUGCAGGCAUGGGAAGCAGACCAGCAGGAAGAGGAGGAAGAGGAGGAGGCCCGCCAGGCUGAGCAGCUCUCGGAUGCCUUGCUGCAGCAGGAGGCCAAGACCAUGGCUGAGCAGGGCUACCGGCCCAAGCCUUAUGGACAUCCGAAAAUUGCUUGGAACUGACUUCAUGGGUACCAUAAGCACAGAGAACAAGGGAUGCUGAGGCUUCUGAUCCCAGCCUCCAGGCAGUUUGACGGGACUCUGGUAUAGUCAGUGCCCGGGGCACUGUCAUAUGGCUCAGCAGUGCCUGCUCAGGUUCAUCAUUAAAAGCAUCCAGGGUUUGGCCAGACAUUAAGAUGUUGUGAGUCUGCAGCACUUGGUGAGAGGCCCUUUGAUGCCUUUCUUACCCAAGGAAGGGUCUUUGGUAGGCACAUGUUUACAGCACUGUCACAUAGUCUUGUAAUAUAUUAUCAAUAACAUCAACUCAAGGUCAAUACUAAGGAGUCACAGGUGGUGCCUGUGAUGGUUCAUGUGGUUUCCUGUUGUCUCACCUUUGUCAACCUCCAGUGUUGACUCUGGAAAUAUGAGGAAAACUUUUCAGUUUUUAAAAUUGCCAUUUAAAUUUAGUCUAUUGAAAACAAACCUAGAGGU